AUGCCUUAUUUCGAGACUUACAUACCCAGUAUUACGCACCUUUCAACACAGAGCCCUCCUCGAUCUAUACAAGGAAGAAUCAUUCCGCAAAAUAACUUUGAAAGGAAUAAUGAAAAUUCUUUUCUCGUGACAGCAGAAGAGUCCAAGAAGUUAAGUUCGUGGCUGGUGCGUUCAGGAAAUGUCAUUAUUGAAAAUUCAUUGGCGCUUGCAUUUGAAAUCGACAAAUUACAGAAAGAACUAAAAGGAUUAUGGUCCAGCAAUAUGACGAUGAGGGUCAUUCAUCACUAG